CGUCCUUUUUCGAACAAACAUCCAUAGGGACCCCAAUUGAAGUCUAGAUCAUCUCAUGACAUUGAGAUUCUAUGUCACAUGAACACCUCUCCAUGUAACUUUAAUUUAUGUUAAAAAAAGUUUUUUUCCAGAUUUUUAAUUCCAAAUUCAAUAGAUUAGGGGGCACUACGUUAGUUACGGUGCUCCCUAUACCACUUUAGAAUUAGCCGCCGGAGAGUGAGAGUCGUGGAAAAGGCGGAUUUUAAAACCAAGAAAAUCAAACCGAAAUGGAUUGCGACAUCGAAGUGAAUUGGGCUUCCUUGCAAAACUGCCUCUGUUAGGGUCGCCGAUGGAGAGCCAGAAGAGCAUCAAUUCUUCCUCUUCCGGCGGCGGCGGCGGCGAUGGCGAAGCCUCCAAGUGUAAAGUGAAGCUGAUGUGCAGUUACGGAGGGAAGAUUCAUCAGCGGCAGCGGGACAAUCAGCUUGCCUACGUCGGCGGCGACACCAAGAUCCUCACCGUCGAUCGGAGAAUCAGAUUUCCCGAGAUUUUCUCGAAGCUUAGCUCUCUCUGCAACUGCGGCGACAACGGGGAGCUCUCUAUAAAGUAUCAGUUGCCCGGCGAGGAUCUCGACGCUCUGGUCUCCCUGAUCGACGACGACGAUGUGGAGCACAUGAUGGUCGACAUCGCGCCGACCACCCACGACCUUCUCCAAUUGCAUAUCCCCGGAAUGCCCCUGCCCGAAAACCCCUGCCCUAAACAGCAAGUUGAAAAUGGCCUGCCACCCGGGAAUUACGGAUCGGUUGCCAACAACAACAAGUUGGUGAUCCUGCAGAGCCAUCACCAUCUUCCACCGCACCUGCAAGGGUUGCCUGAAAGCCACGUCACCGGCGGGGCAGGUGGUUAUGCCAAUGGGUUGAAAAUGGUAUACGGGUUACCCGUAUUGCCCGGUGGGUAUCACCCAGGCAACCUUGGACAGUUCAGUGUGAUAGCCGGAGGGGGCGAUCAAAACCUGCAACACCCAAUUUACAGUUUUGUCCAGGCGGUGCCCUCUGUCCCUGUUCCGGAGCACAAGCCGCCGCCGCAGCCGCUAGUUUCCACCGCCUCCGGCUGCGAAAUGCUGAAUCCUGCCGUGGGUGUGAUCGAUCAAACUCUGGCCUAAGGUCCCUUUCUACUUUUCUAUUUUGGGG